AUGGCGAGGAAACGGGGCUUCGCGCAUGUCCUCUUGGCGUGCUAUCUUCUAGCAAGCUUGAUUGCAGCGGGCGCGUAUGACUACACGUCUGGAGAUUUCAUUCCAGGCCCCCCGGCGGAGCACCUGAAGUCGGACGCCGGCUUCGAAUCGGCAUGGGGCCCGGACACAAAGACGCUCAGGGACGAAAACUUGGCCGCCUUCAUUCUAGUUAUGGAGCCGGGCACGCUGCGCCCGCCGCACUACGCCGACGCGGACCUUCUCAUGGCCGUGCUGCAAGGGACCGCGCACGCGGGCAUCAUCAACGACAAGGGCGAGGAGACGGGGGUCCGCCGCUUCCGCCGCGGUGACGUCAUCGCGCUGCCAGCUGGCUGGGCCACGUGGAUCCUCAACAACGACACGGAGCAGAAGUUCACCCUGCUAGCGGCAGCUCGCCCGGUGGACGUGCCCGGGGAGCUGUCCAAAUUCGAGGUGUUCCCUCUGAUGGCAGGCGAGGUCACGGGACAGAGCAGCCUUCUGCACGGCUUCACGAAGGACAUUUUGGCGGAGGCGUUCAACACGGACGAAGACCUGGUGGAGCAAAUCCAGACAAAGACCCCCGACAGUGGGCUGGUGAAGCUGGGCUCUGCGGAGCUGAUGGCAAUGGACGAAGAGCUCAAGCAACGCAGCGCGCACGACGACUCGGGGCUUAUGUACAACGUCGACGAAGCGGACCCGGACUUCACCUCCGACUUCGGCCAGGUGACCCUUCUGGACUGCGAGCGGCUCUCGAUCCUGAAGAACCUGAGCCUGGGGGCCGUCAAAGUUAGUCUCAAGCCGGGUGCAAUGCUGCUGCCGCGUUACAAAACCACGGCCACAAUGUUCGGCUUCAUCACUGCAGGCCGCGCCAGAGUCCAGGUGGCCCAGCCGGACGGCUCGACCGGGGCUGACGCGGAGCUGGGACCGGGGGAGGCCUUCGUGGUGCCGCGCUUCUUCCCGUCAACGCAAAAGAGUGUGGGCGACAAGAAGCUGGAGGGCAUCGGCUUCGUCUCAUCGGCGUACUUACAGAGCGGGACCGUCUUCCUGGCGGGGAAGAACUCGAUCUACCGGGCGGUCCCCAACUCCGUUCUGGCCGCCGCGACACAAGUAGACAAGGCCAAAAUUCAGCAGUGCGUGAGCAAUCAGCCGGCGACCGUUAUCGCCGGGAGGGAGAAGGGGUGGUUCCGCGAGAAAGUGGAGACGAUUGUGGAGGAGAUAAGAGAGGGCUUGGCUGGCGGGGUGAAGGAGGAGGUUAUGAAGACCUUAGGCGCUCCGAAAAGGGUCCUAGAGAAAGAGCUAUAG